ACACGUCAAUGGAUUUGUCAAUGUCAUUGAUAAAUUAUUUCAUUCAUUCAUAUUUCGUUUGCGAAUUUCAUUUUAAUCGUAGUAAAUUUUAUAAUAUUGCUACAUCUAAUUUAUAGUAAAGAAAAUGGAUGACACAGAAUUUGAAACCUUGGAGCCUUCCCUCAAGAAUGUUAUCGAACAAAAAUCCUUGCGAUGGAUUUUCGUCGGAGGGAAAGGCGGCGUUGGAAAAACUACAUGCAGUUGCAGCCUGGCGGUUCAGCUGUCCAAGGUCCGCGAAUCUGUUCUGAUUAUAUCUACAGAUCCAGCCCAUAACAUAUCUGAUGCAUUCGAUCAAAAGUUUUCUAAGGUACCCACAAAGGUUAAAGGUUUCAACAACCUCUUUGCAAUGGAGAUAGAUCCUAACAUAGGGUUGACGGAACUACCUGAAGAAUAUUUUGAGGGAGAGACAGAAGCUAUGAGGCUUGGAAAAGGUGUUAUGCAGGAAAUUGUUGGAGCAUUCCCUGGAAUUGAUGAGGCUAUGAGUUAUGCAGAGGUGAUGAAACUGGUGAAAGGCAUGAACUUCAGUGCAGUAGUGUUUGACACAGCUCCCACUGGUCACACGCUGAGGCUGUUGUCUUUCCCGCAAGUUGUAGAGAGGGGACUUGGCAAGUUAAUGCGUUUGAAAUCAAAAGUGGCCCCAUUCAUCAACCAAUUGGCAUCACUGUUCGGUCUGGCGGAGUUUAACUCCGACAUGUUCAGUAACAAAAUGGACGAAAUGCUGUCAGUGAUACGACAAGUGAACACUCAGUUCAAGGACCCAAAUCAAACGACAUUCGUAUGCGUUUGUAUCGCAGAGUUCUUGUCUUUAUACGAGACAGAAAGGUUAGUCCAGGAACUGACGCGGUGCGGUAUUGACACGCACAAUAUUAUCGUCAAUCAAUUGCUGCUGAGGACCUCGGCACCUUGCGACCUCUGUGCUGCUAGGCAUAAGGUCCAAGAGAAGUAUCUAGAACAAAUUGCAGAUUUGUAUGAAGAUUUCCAUGUCACCAAAUUACCUCUAUUGGACAAAGAGGUCCGCGGUGCAGAUGCAGUGAAUUCUUUCUCGGAGUUUUUGUUAAAACCAUACAUACCCCCAGCACCUUCUACAUAGACGUGCACUUAAAUCGACAUAUUGGCAGAUGGAUAUAAAUUAUUUUUGUUGUAAAGGUGCUUUUGAAUCACAUACAAGUAAAUAUUAAGUCUUUGCGGUCGACAACUUAGGUAUUUAAUAUGAGAAAUAAUAUAACAAUAUUCAAAAGAAACCAUUGUUCGUUUUGGGAAUGAAUUUAGUUAAUUUAUACCCCAUUUACCUAAUUACAAAAUAGAAUAAUAAUUUGGCAGCAUACAGCAGUAUUGAU